AUGACAGGAUACGCAAGGCUUUUGCUUCUAUGCAGUCCACGAGCAUGGGACUACCAUAAGAGUGAAAGCGAAAACAAUCCAAUUAACAAGUUCCCCGGAUCUAAUAAGUCCCUCGAGACAUCGGUUAAAGUAAUUCGGGCUAUUAAUGCUAUUCAUUGUAUAGACGUGGACACAUGGCUGGAUCGCGACGCCCAAUUGGCGCCGCCGUGCGGCCGCGUCGCCGAACAUCCGUCAUUUGCA